CUCCUUUUUUAUUUCUUCUUAUGUGUUAUCGUGUUAUUUGAUUUAUUCACUGCACAAUCUCUGCACAGUUAGACUGUAUAUUAACCUUGUAUCUUAUUCGUGAUAUAUUUACAUUAGUCUUAUGGUUUUCCUGUUGUGUUUUUGAGUUCCCUGUCCUGUCUUGUAAAUUCUUGUGCAAAAAAAAAUACACCCUUAUCAUGUAGUAAGCCCUACUUUAAAUGCUUCUAAUCACCUUUUUUUUUAAAAAUGUAUUUUAAUACAAACACAAUUAUAACCGUUAUAAAUUCUCACUUUUUCCUCGCCCUUUUUGUUUUGGGUUGCUAAGGCGGAAGCGGAAGUGACUCCAUGGCGUUAUUUUUGUUAUGUAUACCAGCUGAUCAACAGCGCGAGCGCUGCGACGCUAGAAAUAAUACAACAAAAGACGUUCAAUUUUGUAUUAUUCGUUAGUUUUUUUGUUUCUGUCUUUAUUCGGGAUUGAUUUAGCAUCUGGUGAAACCCUCUCCAGAUGAGAAGGGUGCCGUGCAGGCUGUGUCACAGUAAACUGGCCUGCUGCACUGGCGUUAGGUGUAGCAGCUAAUGUUAAUUAUUAGCAAAUAAUACGGGAGGGUUAGUGGAAGUAAUGGACGCUAUAAGGACACCCGGUUGUCUUUAGAAUAUCAGUAACUUACUUGAGGUUUGUUUUUAUGCUAGCACAGAACAGCUCAAGAAAGAGACUGUUUUUAAGUUAGCUAGCAAGAGACAGCCGUCAUCUAUCACACUACCUGUUGGUGUCCAAUGUCAGACAGCGCAGUCAUUACCCCGACAUACAUAUAGCUGCCGCGGAAUCGCUUGGAAAUUAAAUAAAAUGUGGUUAAAACUGUUUUUCUUGCUCCUUUACUUUUUGGUUUUGUUUGUCCUGGCUCGAUUUUUCGAAGCCAUUGUGUGGUAUGAGACGGGAAUCUUUGCCACCCAGCUGGUGGAUCCUGUAACACUGAGCUUUAAAAAGCUGAAGACCAUCCUCGAGGGGAGAGGACUGGGAUACUCCGGCCUGGCAGAGAAGAGGGACGUCAGAGAGCUGGUCGAAAACUCUGGAGAGGUGAUGCAAGGGGAGCUUUAUUCAGCUUUAAAAAAUGAAAAAGAAGAAACAGGGUCAGAAUCCAGCACCAGUUUUAGUGGAGAGAUGCACUUUUAUGAGUUAGUGGAAGACACUAAGGAUGGCAUCUGGUUGGUCCAGGUAAUAGCCCAAGACAGAAAUCCACUACUAAGCACCGCCAACUGGGGAGAAAUGGUCCAGAAAGUUUCUCGCUUUGGCAUUCGCACUGGCACUUUUAACUGCUCAAGUGAUUCCAGAUAUUGCCAUAAACGUGGCUGGAUGAAGUCCACUCUGAUCAUGUCUGUUCCCCAGACUUACGCCUCAAAAGGAAAGGUCAUACUGAAAGAGUAUAAUGGAAGGCGCAUUGAAACAGAACACAUCUUCAAAUGGAUGACUGCACAUGUUGCCUCCCGCAUCAAGACCAUCCGAUUCUCACAACAGUUAAUGGAUGACUGGUACCAGAGAGAAAAGCAGCCGGUGAAGAUGUUCUUGUUUGCUAAACUUGUCCAGCCCCCUGCCUUCUUCUCAGCUCUCAGCAUCAAAUUCACAGGGCGCAUAGAGUUCAUCUUUGUCGAUGUUCGCAACUGGGACAACACCACUUGCUUGGAGGAGAUCGGGGUGCGACAGAUGCCUUCGUAUAUUCUCAAAACACCAGAGGGUAUCUACAGAUACGGCAACAGCACCGGGGAAUACAUUUCUUUACAUGCCAUGGACACAUUCCUACGCUCUGUUCAACCAGAGGUCAAUGAUCUAUUUGUUCUCAGCUUGGUCAUGGUCAACCUGAUGGCCUGGAUGGACCUUUUCAUAACGCAGGGAGCCACGAUUAAGCGCUUUGUGGUUCUGAUCAGCACAUUAGGAACCUAUAACUCUUUACUUAUCAUUUCUUGGCUUCCCAUUCUUGGAUUCCUUCAGCUACCAUAUUUGGAUAACUUCUAUGAGUACAGUCUUAAACUGCUGCGCUACGCAGACACCACCACUCUUGCCUCUUGGGUCAGGACAGAUUGGACCUUCUAUUCUUCACAUCCAGCACUUUUCCUGAGCACAUACCUGGCCCACGGGCUCCUCAUAGACUACUUUGAAAAGAAGAGGAGAUGUGGCAACGAAGACCAAAAUGCAAACAACCUGGAGUGGCUGUCCAGCCUUUGGGAUUGGUACACCAGUUAUUUGGUACAUCCUAUUGCUUCCUUUCAGAAUGAGUCAGACUGGGAUGAUGAUCCAAAUUUCCUUUUAGAACGGUUGGCCUUCCCUGACCUCUGGCUUCGCCCACUUGUUCCCAUCGACUACAUCAAAAAUCUGCCAACCUGGAGGUUCAGGUGCACACAGCCAGACAUGACCACCAGAAAGCACCAAGAUGAUCCAACGAACAAGACAGUGCAUUUAUCAUUCACUGAACCAGGUAGUGAGCAGCAAAGACAAGACUACAGCUCGGAGAAGGCUCAAACCGAUGAAAGCAGUUCACCCGGAAUGAGGUCCCAUCAGUCCUUGUAUUCUGAAGAGGAACAGGAUACAGAUUGGUCCCAGUGGCCUUGUGGCAUGCUUCAUUGCACAGAAUGUGUUGUUUGUUUGGAAAACUUUGAAACGGAAUGCCUUGUCAUGGGACUGCCAUGUGGCCAUGUGUUUCACCAGCAGUGCAUCGUAGUCUGGCUGGCAGGUGGGCAGCAUUGCUGUCCAGUGUGUCGGUGGCCAUCCUAUAAGAAGAGACCAGCCAGACAACCCUAUGCAGAGUUUCCACCUGAACCAGAAUAGAAUAUUCCAUAAAAAAAACCUGAUUCCAGUACAUGACUUAUGAAUACUUGAUGUGCCCGUUAUUAGUCUCUAGGCCUGUAAAUCCAUGUUAUUGAGUCCUAUUUUUAUUAUUGGUGGUAUUAACCUUCAUACACAUUAGUGUGUGUGUGUGCUUUUUUUUCACAUUUAAGCAUGGACUAAAUAUUAAUUAGAAACGUUGAACUAACCCCUUUAGUCCAUGAUUAAUGCUUGAUCCAUACCAAAACCAAUGGCCUAGUGGGGACCCGAAUCUUGCUAUCAUGAUUUAAAUAUAUAUUUAGAUAGAUUUUUAUAAUUGGCAACGUGAUGCACUUUUGUUGUAACAGAGAAGGUAAUGGCACAAUUGCUUGGAAGGAACGUUUCUUUCUUAGCUUAUAUGAAGUUUAGUAAUGAUGAAAGUAGAAAUUCCUUUUAUGUAUGUUUUCAUUGUGUUUUCAGAUCAUGAAUGGAAUGGAAUACAAUGUAAAAUUAAAUUUCAGACCUUGUGUAAAGCAUUACACAUCAACUACAGCCCUAGUCACCUCAGCUGAUUAUUAGUAAUUUUAUCCUUAGACCAUUCUCACAGUUAUGACCAGUGUGUAACUUGGUAGUUUUAUUGGGGAUUCUUCUAGAGUAAAGGUGAUUUAUUUAGUUAGUUGCUGUGAGAUUAAUAGACUGGGAGAGGACAUGGAUGAAAGCAAGUAAAAAAAAAAAUCCUGACACAUCAGGCAAAGUUGGUAGUGUUGAGAACACUGAGUUCUUUGAUUAUCAUGGAUGGAGACAUAAAAGACCUUAAGCUGAAAUUAAAAUGUGGUAUCCCAGAGUCUCAUGCCAAAGCAUGUUACUGUAGGUAGUUUCUUUUGUGUCUCUAAGGGGAAAAAUGCCCACAGAUAUGUCGUUGAUUGUAACUGUUAACUGAUUGUUUAGAUGUGCUUAAAUUUAUAUUAUGGGCACCUCAAAGUCAGAUUGAGUUUUCAAGACUUCAUUUAAGUCUUCUUAAAACUAGGUCCAUACAACAAAACGCACUAAAUGUAAUAUUUUGUUGUCAAAUAAGUUAAAAUACUACUGCCCAAUUUCAAGGUAAUUUUUUUGAAAGACAGAAGUGACCCUUCCAAAUAGCCCAAUGGUCAUGAUAAAGGUUAGCCUGUCUGUAUCCACCUGAUAUUACGUAAAACAUUUCAAAGACCCCAAAACUUAACCUUGGCCAGUGUUUUUUUCCUUUAAAAUGUGUAUAAAUGACUGCAUAAUGUCAAUAAAGCUUGACAAAUUUAUCCAAUCUAAAAUAUUUUGUCUAGAAAAACUGAUAAUUCCAGUAAACCGGUUUCAAUUCAUAAACCUCUUGAUGCACUAAUCUCAUAUUUAACACUUACAGGAGAAAAACAGUUAUACAGGCUUAAAAAACUUGCUUGCAUAUAAGGUGAAAUGACUGACUUUGACCUGCCUGCUAGAAACCACUAUUCCAUCUGUUUUUGUUUAAACAGUGAAGCAUGGAACUUGGUUUUUUUCCCAGACCAAAAUAUAUGCAUUGUAAUAUCAUUAUUAAUUACCCUACCCCACUGACUUACUUGAGCUGUUUGUGUGAAUUUGAAACAGAAAUUGGAGCACUGGUUUAUUGUGAUGUUCAAUCCAUUAAAGUUGGCUUUCAUGAUU